AUGUCGUUGAGGGCGGCAUGGCGAGAAAGGCGGCCCGCGCCCGAGGAGCAGGAGAGGCCGUGGUGGCCCAGCCGGUCUACUGGGGCCCUACAAGAAGCACACGAGUGGUCUGAGCAUAUUGCUACUCCAAGCCGGAGACCGACGGCUAUGCGCAAGGUAGCAGGAGUGGUGGGGCGAGCUGAUGUCUUGGCUUCGAUAUUCUUCCUGUCGUCAAUACUAAUGUAUCACGGAUGCUCGAACCGCCAGCGAGCCUUGUGGAGUGUGGUUUUGGCUGCUCUGAGCAUGCUAGCAAAGGAAACUGGCCUCACCGCGCUUCUGGUCAACAUCGUGCUGGACCUGUACAAAAGCUGGCCUGGAGCCCGGUGUUCUCUCAUGGUGAAAUGGCGCUGGAAAGGCGACGCAUGCGCCCGUAUCAGCAUCGCGUUGGCUGGACUAGUUCUUCUAGCAACGGCCAGAGUUGCACUGCUGCAGGGCUCACUGCCAGCCUUCUCACCACAGGACAACCCGCCAGCGUUCCAUCCAUCAUUUCUGGUCAGGUUGAUGACUUUCUGCUACCUAGCCGCCUUCAACUGGUGGCUACUCCUUUGCCCGUGGACCCUCAGCCAUGACUGGCAGAUGGGUUCCGUGCCACUCGUCACCAGCGCGUGGGACCCUAGGAACAUUCUUACUGUCGCUGCAUUGGUGGUGCUGAUAGCACUGUCUUAUAGGUGCUGGAUAGAUUUGGAGUUCCAAAGACACACCCCAGCGGCGGUGGGUCUGAUGCUGCUGGUGAUUCCGUACCUUCCAGCAUCGAACCUGCUGGUGACUGUGGGCUUCGUGGUUGCAGAGAGAGUGCUGUAUUUGCCAAGCGUGGGCUCAGUGAUCCUCACAGCCUACGGCAUCCAACUCCUCUGGCAUCGCACCAACCGCCGUCUGCUGGUUGUUGGAACAGCUGUACUGGCUGCCAGCUUCGCAGCAAGGACUAUACUUAGGAAUCAAGAUUGGAGGACCAGAGAAACUCUACUGAGGGCGGACUUGGCAGUGCUGCCCCACAAUGCAAAGCUGCACUACAACUUUGCAAACUUUUUGAAAGACAUGGAACAGCAAGAAAAUGCUAUCAAACACUACAAGGAAGCAUUGAAGUUAUGGCCUAGCUACGCCAGCGCGCACAACAACCUAGGCACCCUGGUCAUUGCGUCCGGCCGGGCCGAGCACCACUUUCUACAGGCGCUCAAAUACAAUAGGGACCAUGUCAAUGCACAUUAUAAUCUUGGGAAACUGUACAGGAAGAAAAACCGUCUCGCCGACGCCCUUAAAAUGAUAGAACGCUGCAUAACUCUGGAGCCUCACUUCGUGCAGGCUCACCUGGAGCUGCUCCAGCUGAAGAAUGAAGACCAGAAGCGGGGAGUCUUGAACAAGCUGCUGGAGUUGGAGCCGAGGAAUUGGGAGCACUAUGUGCUGUAUGGGAACUGGUAUAAAGGCAGAGGUCUCCUACCCCUCUCUCUGCAGUACUACACAACAGCCUUGCGGCUCUCUCUCGAGACCGGAGACCGGCGAGGUGUGGCAGCCCUCAGGGCGGCGUGUCUAGUGCUGCGGCAGGAGGGCCAGUGGGCGAGGGCGCUGCAAUUUAUUAAUAGAUGGCAGACCGCUCGCGGGGACGUGCGUGCGGCGAACGCCCGCGCGCUAUGGACGCGCGCGUGGCGUUUACGCAGCGAGUUGGAAGGCCGUGCUGCGUUAUAUGCACGCCCUAGGACCACUCCAGAUCAGACAAAAUCUACAUGCCUAGACUACAGUCGACUAGAACUACGAAGUCCUGAAGAAAAACACAACAAAAAAGCAGAUUUGAAUACACUUCUCCACGAAGCUAAACUAAAUAAUGCCAAAGACAAAAAUUGCCAAAAAGAAUGUGCCAAAAAAGUAUCCAUACCUGCUCAGUAUAAACCCAUACAUAAUAAGAGUGAGACGGGGAGAAAGAGCUGCUCCUUGAGAAAGAAAGAGAUGAAAGAUACGGAGUUCACGCCUUUCGUAUCUGACCAUUUGAUAAAGACUUAUUAAAAUAAGUUUAGUUAAUUACGUUUUACAUUAAAUUUGAAUUGGGAUGAAAUAUUUUAUGCAAGUAUAUGAGUUUAUUGGCAUUUAUAUCCCUUCUGGCACAAUUUCAUUAGUCGACAACUUGUUCGGUACCUAUACAGCAUACGGGGGAGUCCCCACAGGCGAGAUAACAACCAAUGAAAAUGGUGCAAUUUAAUUGGUCGUUAUAGUUAACUCGUUCGGUAUGCAGCAUACGGGGAGUGAGUCCCGCAGGCGAGAUAACAACCAAUGAAAGUGGUGCAAUUUCAUUGGACCCCCCGCAGGCAAGAUAACAACCACUGAAAGUUACUAUUUUAAUUUUCCCGCAUGCGGGCCCUGUGGCACGCGUUCCAGGUCCUAUCGACUAAUGAAAUUGCGCCAUUCGACAUAAUAUACCUUAGGUACAAAGGUUUAUUUAAAAACUAGUUACACAUGCGGGUAGUUAAAUGCCGAAGCGAUUUAAAGAAAAGUUUGCAAUAUUCUUCCGCGCCGAGUUACGCACAACGGUCUAUUUCGCACUUGCAAUAU